GCAGUCUUCGCUGAACUCCAAACUAACAUCCACACUUAAGCAAGAAGUUGCCACUAGAUGGAAUAGAGAGUUAAUUAUGUUGGAGUCAUAUCUAAAGGCAGCUAGCGAAGUACAAAAUUUACUUCUACAGAACGGGAAAAUAAACAAGUUAAGCACCAUCGACAACGAAAGUGUUAAAGAAUUAGUGGAUUUCUUAGGGCCGUUUGAAGAGUGCACAAAGGUUUUCAGCCAGGAUAGUCAGCCAACUCUAUAUCAAAUUGCACCCUGGUUCCAUAAGCUACAUCAACACUUGGAGAUAAACGAGGAUGAUUCGGAUGAAUUGAAACUGCUCAAAGGACAGGCUAUGAUUUGUUUUGCUGAAUACUGUAAAACCUCUACUAUGCACUAUGUUGCAGCUUUAUUGAACCCAAAGUUUCGCAAACUUAAAUUCGCGUCUGAAGAAAAAAAAGCGGAAGCCCGGAAGGAAAUGAAGCAACUCAUAAUGGGAGAAAUCGAGAAAGAAAGAGAUCAGGCUGGCAAAGACGCAGGUCAUUCUGAGAAACCAAGACCUACUGACCCCGGACCAGAAGCAAAAAAGUCUCGGUUCGCGGAUAUAGAAGACUCUGAUACGGAAGAAAACAGUACUGAAAUUGGGUUAGCUAGUAGCAGUGACCUAGCUAUAGCUGAGAUGAACAAGUAUCUUGACGCUAAGCUUACGGAGUUAAAUAUUGAUUCCUUUCUUAUCAGUGAAAUUAGCGACAAGGAAAAAGAAUCUCAAGUCCACUUUGACAUUCUCGGAUUUUGGUGUGGCGCCACAAAGUUUCCUCAUUUGCAGAAAAUUGCCCAAAGACUGCUUGCAAUUCCUGCGUCACAAUCUACAGAUGAACGAGUAUUUCCAAGCACAUGGGCAACAAGUACGCCAAGAAGGACGUUGUUGUCGGCUGGAACCUUAUCAGAAUUAACUUUCAUUCACAAAAAUUAUUGAACCAUUCUUGUCAAAUGCUUUAAUGUCACUUUCAAAUUUUAUUGAUAUUAAAUAUUUCAGUUGUUAUAUAAUA